CGGGGUGUUGCAGUGGUUCACCUACAUGCACUGCCUGCGGUCGUGAUCUGUGCGGGAGACCUGUCGGCGGCCAAGCGCAAGUUUGCGGACUCCCUCAACGAGUUUAAAUUUCGCUGCAUCGGCGACGCUGAAACGGAUGAUGAGAUCUGCAUAGCCAAGUCUCUGCAGGAGUUCGCCACGGUGCUGCGGAACCUGGAGGACGAGCGGAUGCGCAUGAUCGAGAACGCCAGCGAGGUGCUGAUCACGCCGCUGGAGAAGUUUCGCAAGGAGCAGAUCGGGGCCGCUAAGGAUGCCAAAAAGAAAUACGACAAGGAGACAGAGAAGUAUUGCGGUGUCCUAGAAAAGCACUUAAACUUGUCUUCUAAGAAGAAAGAAUCCCAGCUUCAGGAGGCAGACAGCCAGGUGGACCUGGUUCGGCAGCAUUUCUACGAAGUCUCCCUGGAGUAUGUCUUCAAGGUGCAAGAGGUCCAGGAGAGGAAGAUGUUUGAGUUUGUGGAACCUCUGCUGGCCUUUCUGCAGGGGCUUUUCACCUUCUACCACCACGGCUACGAGCUUGCAAAGGACUUCAGCGAUUUCAAGACAGAGCUGACCAUCAGCAUCCAGAACACAAGAAAUCGCUUCGAAGGAACAAGGUCAGAGGUUGAAUCUUUGAUGAAGAAGAUGAAGGAGAAUCCUCACGAGCACAAAAACAUCAGCCCUUACACGAUGGAGGGUUAUCUCUACGUGCAGGAGAAACGUCACUUUGGGACUUCCUGGGUGAAGCAUUACUGCACGUACCAGAGGGAAUCGAAGCGGAUCACGAUGGUGCCAUUUGACCAGAAAUCUGGAGGGAAAGGGGGAGAAGACGAAGCUGUUAUCCUCAAAUCUUGUACACGGCGAAAAACUGACUCAAUCUCUGUGCUUGGCUUUCCUGGGAAGACGGUUCUGCUCGGGGAAGUGGUGCAACGGAUGCCUUGGCAAAUGAACACUGUGGGAGGAAAUGCAGAGCUAUUUGCAAUGCCCGGCGUGAUCACCAUGCAGGCGCUUUCAGAAGAGGACCGAAGGCUGUGGAUGGAGGCAAUGGAUGGCCGGGAACCGGUCUACAAUUCGAACAAGGACAACCAAAGCGAAGGCACUGCCCAGUUGGAUAAUAUCGGCUUCAGCAUUAUCAAGAAAUGCAUACAUGCUGUCGAAACACGAGGGAUCAAUGAGCAAGGGCUCUACCGAAUCGUUGGAGUAAACUCUAGAGUUCAAAAGCUGUUGAGUAUAUUAAUGGAUCCUAAAACAGCCACUGAAACAGAAACAGAGAUCUGUGCGGAGUGGGAGAUAAAGACCAUUACCAGUGCACUGAAAACCUACCUGAGAAUGCUUCCGGGGCCGCUCAUGAUGUACCAGUUUCAAAGGAGCUUCAUCAAAGCAGCGAAACUGGAGAAUCAGGAGUCCAGGGUGUCAGAGAUCCACAGCCUCGUUCAUCGGCUCCCGGAGAAAAACAGGGAGAUGCUGCACUUGCUCAUGAACCACUUGGCAAAAGUUGCAAAUAAUCACAAGCAGAACCUGAUGACUGUUGCUAAUCUGGGUGUGGUGUUCGGGCCAACACUGCUUCGACCUCAAGAGGAAACAGUCGCUGCCAUUAUGGACAUCAAAUUUCAGAACAUCGUGAUCGAAAUUUUAAUAGAAAACCAUGAGAAGAUAUUUAACACGGUGCCAGAGACUCCGCCGUCGAACUCGCAGCUGCUGUUAUCUCAGGAGAACAGGAACAGCAUCAUCAAUUCCAGCCUGGAAUCCGUCAUCUCUUCAAACGUAAACAGCUUCCUCAACUCCAACAGCGCGCCCCAGCCCAGCCUGAACUCAAGCGAUCUUGAACUAGAAGUAAUUAAACCCAACAGGCCGAAUUCACUCCCUCAGAAUCCAAGCCCAACGUCACCCCUCUCACCGUCCUGGCCCAUGUUCUCCGCGCCAUCAAGUCCUAUGCCCACCUCCUCUACGUCCAGCGACUCAUCCCCCAUCAGCUCACCGCUGCGGAAAGCCCGAGCUUUGUACGCCUGUAAAGCCGAACACGACUCGGAGCUCUCCUUCACGGCAGGGACCGUGUUUGCCAAAGUUCAUCCAUCCCAGGAGCCUGGCUGGCUGGAAGGGACCCUCAACGGGAAGACAGGAUUAAUCCCCGAGAACUACGUCGAGUUCCUAUAGCUUUGGGCGCAAGAAGCACCACUGCUGAGCUUUACAUGGUAUCCAUGGCAGCCGCCGGCGGGAGAGCUGCAGCCCAUCUUGCUCUUUGCCGCUCUGCGACACGGGGUGAAGGACUUCUCCGCACCCACGGAGGUGAAUGUUUGUGUGGAUAAUAACGUACGUGUCUCCUCCUGCGGCGCGUGCUGGGGCUGCGGGGGGAGCGGUCCUGGGGAGACGGCUCGAUCCUCCAGCCCCGAGCAGUGGCAGGCGGUGCCCA